UCCAACCUCUCAUUUAACCGGGUCCUCCCUGAAUACUUAAGGAGCUUUCCAACGCCGUGCAGGCCUUUAGAGGAACUUAGUGGCUCUGAGAACAGGCUUUUAAUAGUGUUAGCAGAGAAAACUGGAAGACUUCAGGUGUCCAACAUGUCCAUCGCCAAGGCAGCGGCCCAGGCCAUGCUAUCUGAUGCCCUGCUGCCGGACAGCGGCGGGAUAAACCGGAUCAGCCACUUGGAGCUGGAGCUUCCUCUGGACAAGGUCAUCAAAUACGUGUCCGUGGGCCUCCCACUGCUGCUGGUCUGCAUGGCCUUCGCCCGAGAGAUCUCCCUGGGGCCUCAGAUCAGCUGUUUCCCUCCGAGCAACUUCACCAUCAAGCAGGCCAGCUAUGUCGACACAUACUGCUGGGACUCCCUCAUGCAUCACGAGUUUGACAGCGAUGGGAACUUUGAGGAGCGCUCGCUGUGGGUGCACAAAAUGUUCCCCUACUCUCUUCUGGCCAUGGCGGUGCUCAUGUACCUGCCGGCUCUAAUCUGGCGCCAGCUCGUCAUGCCCACAGUGGGCUCAGACCUGCUCUUCAUAAUUGACGAAUUAGACAAGUCGUACAACCGCUCCAUCCGACUGGCCCAGAACAUCCUGGAGAUGCGCCAGAACACUAAGAAUCCCCUUACAUUUCAGGCCGAGCUGCAAAGGGCCAAGAAGAAGCGAUACUUUGAGUACCCCCUUCUGGAGAGAUACAUGCAGUGCAAACAGAAGUCCUACUUCCUUGUUAGCAUGCUUUUCCUUCGUGGCUUCCUCCUCCUGACCUUCAUGACGGCGGCCUGCCUCUACCUCGCCUACUUCCACCUUUCUGCCUUUCUGCAGGAUGAGUUCAGCUGCUUCGUCCGGACAGGAAUGCUUCGAGAUCAGAACUGGGUUCCUGAGCUGGUUCAGUGUAAAAUGAUCGGUCAAUUGGUCUUCCAAGUCAUCAGUGUAGCCAACGGUGCUAUUUAUGUUCUGUUGGCGCCCAUCGUCCUCUUCAGCCUGAUCCGACUCUUCGUUUGGGACACCACCUUCCUCUCAGUCUACGAAGUCCUUCCAGCCCUGGAUCUCAUCAACCGUCAGAAGCUCGGUUGUCCUUUGAAUGACCUCAACGUCCUGCUGCUUUUCUUACGCGCAAAUAUAGCACACCUGAAAUCUUACGGCAAAGUCAGGGCUUUGUGCUCGCUUGCGCCACCCCAGGUAGGCAACGUCACCGCAGGGCAGGGCUUGAACGCGAUGCUUACACAAGAAGAGAUGGAAGAGCGCGAGGAAGCUGCAAUGGAGCUGGCAGAAGAAGUGGAGGAGGCCAAGGAGGAAGGGAAGCUCAACCUGGUGGACAUCAUGACUAUUCUGGGAGCAGCACAGGGCAGAGUGGUAAACUGCAGCGAGACGAGGCCUCUGGUGGAGGAGAAUAUGAGCUUUGGUACCGUAACACUUAUCUACACACUCAAACGUAUUCUGCUAGUAGCUAUUUUUGUCUACAUCAUUUGGGAUGUUCAAAAAAUUAUCAAGUAACGACAGGUUCUCAGAAUAGCCAUGUUUCCAUCAUCACAUUUUUAAUUAUCACCUCAGAAAAGGUUGGAUGGAAAUGGCAAAAUUUACAAAAACAUUGACAGCUUUGCAAAAAAAGGUGUUGUGAUUUUCACCUUUUUUAACAGAAUUAAUGCACUCAAUAGGAGAGCACUUCAUACUGCAAACAUUUAACGCUUAACUGUUCUUGGAUCUUCUCAUAAAGUGCAAAAACACGGUUGAUAGUAGCAAUAGGUUGAGUAGAACAGAGAAGGAAAAAAAAAUUAUAGAUACAAAUUAACUUUAUUGAUCCCCAGGGGGAAAUGAUAUAAAAUAAAUGAAGAAUGAAUUAUUACACUGAGGUGUUGUAGAUUCUGAUGGCAGUUUGCAUGGAGGAUCUUCUAAACCUCUCAGUCCUGUAUCUAAUGAGAUUACAGGUGCACUGCAGCUGCUCUUCUGAUUUGUCAAAAUGUGAUGUAGAGGAUGAUCAGGAUUUUUCCAGAUGUUUUCCACCUUCAACCUUCCUCAGUGUGCAUCUCUUCACCACAGUCCCCACUGCUUCCUUUUUCAAUCAAAAACAGCAGUAAAACGCUCUACUGAUUCAAUUCUAUGUUCAUAACAGUUAUUACACUUUAUUUGUUCCCAACCGCUUGAUGGAAGCAUCUUAUUACGUCAGUUGGUUUAGAGAGUUAGCUUGAAAACAUAGCAAAGGAAUAAAAGUACUCUACAUUUA